GCGACUUCAUCUGAUGAAGUUGCAUCCUGUGCAUUUCGACGGGGAAUCAGGCGAGGAGGAGCAGAACCCCGGUGCCUUCAUGUGGAUCGAGGGCGACUCACUGGCGCCGCCCUGUCAGAGCGACCGCGAUGUCGUAUCCAAGAUUGUAGAAAUCGCGCGUGUGACCCCCUCCGAUGUCCUUUUCGACUUGGGCUGUGGGGAUGGCCGCAUCUGUAUAGAGGCCGCCAAGUGCUAUGGCGCGCGUUCUCGUGGUGUGGAGAUCGAGAAGUAUUUGAUAAAGCGCUUCCGCGAACAAAUCGCCGCCAAUGAGCUGCAGGAACUUGUGAGCGUCUCUCACGGUGACCUGCUGGAUGAGGAUCUCUCGGAGGCCACAGUCAUCGUGACAUACCUACUGCCCGACGCGCUGGAUCAGCUGACCCCUAAGUUUACUAAACUGCUGAGCCAGACCAAUAAGGACGUGCGCAUCAUCUGUAACACGUGGGGAAUACGCGGACUCACUCCUGAUGAGCGCUACGACGUCGGGCCCUACGGCAAUGUUCCACUGUUCGUGUACGGAAGCUGCGGUCGCUCUCACACUAGCAAGGAGGAAAACCCAAUAUAG